CUCUGUGGUGUUUAACUGUGUUUUUAUUUGUUUGUUGUGGAUUGUGUCUGGAUGUUUCAAAGCUGAAAGCACCGAGUCUAUUUUUAAUAAAGGCGGUAAUCGACGCCUGGGAUUGGAACACAAUGUCGGGCAUGACAGGAGCCAGUAUGCUGCGCACACGCAGGAAAGAUGUCAACGUCAAACCCAACCGCAAGUUGGACCGCAAGUCAUCCCGUGGCAUGCUCUACGAAAACGAGGAGCUCCGUCUACGCACCAUUAAUAUAAAUGCUGAAGUGGAAAGAGGUCAAUCAGACAUAAAGAAAUUGAAGCGGGAGAACGAGCAACUGAAACGGGAGAUAUUAGCUCUUCGUUAUGAAUACGACCGGCUGGAUACCAUGCUCCGAGAGAGACGCUCCUCCCCCGAACACUCGGACGACAGCGCGUCGGUGUGUAGCGCGUGUCCGGACUGCGCGAGCGCUGAUGGUUCCACCCGGGCCGUCGCCUUCAACGACCUCAGCGUGGUGCCCGAAGAAGGGGAACUGGAACCAAUCAAGAGCGGCGCCGAAUCACCAUGCACAUGCGAGGAAUGUCAGGCCGAAGUCACCGGACUCAACGAUUACAAGGCUCCAAUAACAAUAGCACAAAAUCAGAACAAAGCACAAGAUCCUAACGCGGAACACAAUGAAAUCGAGCGCAGUGUAGAUGUAAUCGUACAUGAUACACCCGCAACACCAUCGUUCUUCGAAUCAGUGGUAUCGCCUCCAUACCUUGCACCCCCACCCCCUCCAGGGUUCGUAGUUGCCCCGUAUCAACCACCUAGAUUCCACACAGGGGGUAACGUAGAAGACCUGCUUGGAGAUGUCCAAUCAAGCCCAACAUUACAAACGACCUUUAUACAACAAAACUCUGUUUUCAUGUGUAACACUCGUCGAAUAAUGCAGAAACAUUGCUGCUGUCAGAAUCACGAAUCUAACUCACCAGCACCCGUGCAAAAUGUCGAAGUAUCUGAAGCACCAAAGUCAUAUGUAACUGAGAAGAAUAUAGAGCUUACUUACGAUUAUCCGAAAUCGACGCCAGUCCAAAGUAGUCCAAGCCCAAAGUCUGGAGAUGACGCACAGACAACCACGACCGAAGUAGCCAGCACUGUUGUCUUCGUAGAGAGACGGAUGCCAAUCAAACCGAAGAAGUUUGAUUUCUUCUUUAGGUCUCGAUCGGCACCUGUCGGAGAAAAUGAGGAACCCAUUUACGCAACAGUAAAUAAAUUACCUAAAAGACUGAGACGAAUGGAGCUUGCUAAUUUGGAGAAAGAAGUAGCGUACAAAACGGGCGAGCCGGACUCCUCAACACGUACAGAAAUGACUCUGAAAACGGAUUCAGAAUCUCAAGCGCCACCGCCUGAUGACGACACCAGUCGAUCUGAAAGAGAAAAAUCUACGGUACCUAAAAGACCAGAUUCCCCGAAAGCGAAGAAAAGGAAACGAUUCUCGCUAACUUUUAAGAAAAGGGAUAGAAAAAGACGGGAGAAGAAAAAGGAGGCAAAGAAUGGUGCGGCAAAAAAUGGACUGCCAGUGCAAGUUGAGAGUGACAAUGAAAGGUUAAUAGAAGAGGUCCAAGAGGUAGGCAAGCAUAAGCACUGCACGCGCCAUCGGCCAAGGAACACGAUGUCAUCCUCCAGCUCCGGCCCGCGUUACAAGCGGGAUAGUUAUCAGGAAAUGACGACAUCGCACUCAGAGCACGAGCGAACAAACAGCGUGUGUUCGUCAAUGAACUCAUUAGGAUCUGCCUGCACUCACAAGUCCAGGAAGUUGUCAGCUCCCGUCAAUGAUGGCUCCAUACCCUGGUGUGGUUGUUGGGGCGCCGGCUGUGUCUGAUCUAAUUCAGAUCAUUCAACGGAAUGCUCAAAAUCACAAUAAUUUAUUCCAAUUCACCGCAACGAACAAAAUGGCGCCUUUUUAUACAUAUUUUUAAAAUUCAAACAAAGAACUUGUUGACCAACAUGACAAAAUUUUAUAAUGCGCCCAAAUUUAAUAGUCUACAAUGACAGUUAGGUCCCAAAGCAAUUAGAAUACUUUUUAAUUUGGUAAUUGGGGUAAUAAAGUAGCUCCUAAUUUCAUACGUUAAUUCUAAAUCUAUAUCGUGGACAUAUCAUUCGCUGGAGGCGAUAAUAUCGGACUGGAGAUCAUAAUCAUCACUAUCAAAUUAUAUCAAAGGUAUUUCUGUAAAUAUUUUUUAUUAUCGAGGUCCCGAGGCACCACGUCGGAGUCAUGGGAAGUUAGAAGCGUUAGAAUUAUAGCGUGACUCUAAUAAUGACGAGU